CAGUUUUUACAUGCUUUACGCCAAAAUUCGUUACCAUAUCCUGAAACUCUUUACUAAUAAACUGCUUGCCAUUAUCGGACAAAAUCGUCUCAGGUGUACCAAAUUUGUGGAACACUUCGGAUAUUAGAAACUUGAUGACGUUUUUCGUGUUAGCUUUGGGCAUAGCUUUGAGCAGUACAUAUUUCGUUAGGUGGUCUAGGACGAUGAAUAUGUAAGCGUUUCCGUUUCUUGACCGUGGAUAAGGCCCCAAAAAGUCUAUAAAGAUCUUCUGGAACGGUCGUUCCGUUGUAGAUUCAGCUCCCAUUGGUGGUCUUAGGAUCGAAUUCGCGGGUUUUGUCUCGCGACAGGUUUGGCAAUUGGCCACAAAUGAUCGGACCUGAACAUUCUGGUUGGGCCAGUAGAAAUAUUCCCUUAACCUUCGGAGCGUUUUACCAAAACCUCCAUGAGCGGCUUGAGGCGGAUUGUGGCACUUCGCAAUUACUUCUUGAGUAAGCUCUAGUGGAACCCAUAACUUCCAGGCAAAAUCUUCGUUUAACGGCACCCCGUCAUAUGGGAGGACCCGCUUGUAAACCAGAUCAUCCACGACCUUCAAAUCUGGCAGGCUUUCAGCGUUUUCCUUGAUUUUGGCGAUUAAGUCCAGAUACUUCCUCCAUGUCAUACCUCGACAAGGUGUCGGGAACGAUAUUUUUGGAUCCGGGCCGGUGUUCGAUGGUUAAGGUAAAGGCCUGUAAAUGUAAGCUCCAUCGGGCUAGUCUGCCACUGAGGUCUUUGUGGGACAUAAGCCAUUUUAGGCUGCUAUGGUCCGUGAUGACUGUAAAUGGCAAAAGUUCUAUAUAAGGCCGGAAUUUCUUAAUGGCCAUCACUACGGCCAAGCACUCUCUCUCGGUAACCGAGUAGUUCUUCUGUGCACUGGUCAAUUUGUGAGAGAAGAAGGCUACUGGAUGUUCGCCGUCGUUUUCGUCCUUCUGGAACAGAACUGCUCCCAAACCUAUGUCUGAUGCAUCGCAUUGGACAUAAAAGUGCCUGUUGAAAUCGGGAUGCAUAAGCACUGGUGCUGUUGUGAGGGCGGACUUUAGCUUGUCGAAGGCUUCCUUAGCUUCGUCCGGAAAGUUGAAACCUUUUCCUUUCUUAAGGGUGUUAAAAAUAGGUGUUGAUAUGGUAGCGUAGUCGGGGAUGAAGCGCCUAUACCAACCCGUAGCUCCCAUGAAGCUUCGGACCUGUUUGGCGGUUUUCGGGUAGGUAUAUUUCAAAAUCGUAUCGAUUUUAUCUGGGUCAGGUUUUAACUUCCCUCCUCCUACUAUAUACCCUAGGUACUUCAACUCUUUGAAGCAAAAUUUCGACUUCCCUACGUUGAUGGUCAGACCCGCCGAAUCCAGGCAAUGCGCUACCCGAUCCAGCAACUCCAGGUGAGUCUCAAAGUCUGGAGAUACGAUCAAAAGAUCAUCUAGAUAGACGAAAACUCUAUCACGAAGUGCUGAAGGGAUCACUUUGUCCAUCAGACGGCAUAACCUUUGGGCUGCGUUACACAACCCGAAAGGCAUGACCGUAAAAUGGUAAAGUGGUCGCCCCGGCACCGUGAAUGCAGUCUUCUCCCUACUAGAUGCAUCUAACGGUAUCUGCCAGAACGCGUCUUUGAGAUCCACGCUGGAUAUGAAGAACGUAUCCCCUAACCGACUGAGCAGACCUUCGAUGUGCGGCAGCGGAUAGGCGUCCUUGACCGUGAGGGCAUUUAGCUUACGAGCGUCCAGACACAAUCGGUUCUUCUCGCCCCUACGGACGAGAGUAACCGGAUGGCUCCAAGGACUCUCGCUCUGCUCUAUGACCCCAAGAUCAAGCAUCCUGUCCAGCUCUGCAUACAUUAACUUCUGCACAGCCGGUGAGACGGGAUAAUGCCUGUCCUUCACUGGGAUCGCGUCGCGGGUAUCGAUUGUAUGGGUUUCGAGGGAAGUCUGACCGAGUCCCUUCUUUGAGAAACACGGGAAUUUUGCUACCACCACAUCUAAUGCCGCCUUUUGCCCAGGAGUGAGAAUAUGGGUUUUGGUUACAUCCUUCGUCUCCUCAGACUCCGGACACAAAUUAACCCCGUUAGUAGUAAUGCUACAUAUACUAGGAAACAGACCGAAACUUUUCAUAAAAUCUACCCCUAAAAAUAGAGGCCUAUUUAAAGUAGGUACUAGAUAUAGAGUCACUUCAUUAGAACAAUUAUUAAAAUUAACUUUGGUUUUUACUCGUCCAACAAUUCUAUGUGGACUGCCAUCGGCCGUUUUUACAUAGGACAAAAAUUUAAAAACUUGAAGACCGGAUUCCUCCACUAACUCCAUGCAGCCCUUACCUAGGCAAGACACCGUGGCUCCACUAUCUAACAGCCCAUCAAUCUCACAACCAUUUAUAUUAAUCUUUAGAUAAAGUCUAGCAUCCUUGCCCUCAUACAAACUCGUAGACAAAAUUUCAUUCUUGAUCUUCUUUCUAAUUUUAUACCUAAGUCUAGCUUUCUGAAUUCUAUUCGAUACUUGACCAAAAAUCCUAGAUUUUGCUUCAGCGUAUUCCCGAAUUCUUUGAUGAAGCGGUUUAAUUAUAUGAACUUUAGGUUGUUCAUCGGCAGGCAUUAUGCGUACAGUAUUAACUAGAAUUUUAGUCGGUCUAAAGUGUUCGAUACCAGGGUCAACCGGGAUUAAGCUAGGGUUGAACGAGUCUCCCCCGUUUGGGACUCGCUCCCCUUCAGGUUUCCCUGACAUUUAGGGCACUUAGGCGUGACUACGUCAUCCCUACCACAUCUAAAACAAAAUAUGCGUCUAUUAGGUGAAGGACAAUCCACGAAACUAUGGCCUGGCUGCUUACAAUUCCAGCAAAUAUACCGGCUACUAGUGGCUAAGGCGUCGAUUUCGAGGAUUGGUAUAGGCACUUCAUCUCCAAACUGGAGUUCAUGGACUCGAGCUGGGGCGGGUUGUCUAGACUGGAAAGUCUGCCUCUGACUGGUGAUUAAAUUUUCAGCUCUUUUCGCCUGUUGACAGAACUCAUUGAGACUAGAAGUGGUCACGGAAAAUAGUAGAUGUGACAAUGACGGCUUUAGAUUACUUUUCAUAAUCUCCACUAGGUCUCGUUCAGAAUAGGGGUUUCGCUGUUGAUUUCUUAGCUUCAUCACACCAUUGUAAAAACUUUCAAAGCUUUCCAUCGGCAUUUGGCGACGAUCCAUAAUUUGUUUUUGUAACUGGAACUCGUUCUCAAAUCUUCGGAACUGGGUAAGGAAUGCUCCCACCAACUCAUCCCAGGACUGUAUUGGUCUUAACUUACGUAGGUUCCAAUACCAGUCCAGCGCCUGGCCUUCUAGCAGAUGAUGAAAACCUCGUAGGACGUCAUUGAACGCGCAGUUGUAGUCCUGUCUUAGAACGUCUACUCGAAAAAAGAAAUCUUCAGCACUCAUGGACUUCGAGGUUCCGUCGAACUUAAUGCCCCAUUUGGACAAAUCCACCUUUCUUUGAACGGCGAAUGCGCCGUCAGUAGGCCAACUUGGAGCUUGUGAGGAUUGAAUUGGUGCUGGAAAAACUGGAUUUGCAUUUGGUGGUACAUAAUGCGACUGUGCGUUAGCUGCUUGUCCUUGGAAUGGUUGAAAAUCAUUUUGCAACUGGUAAUUACUAGCAGGUGGUUGCUGCUCUACAGGCUGAUGGUUAAACACUGCAUUUGGCUGCCGAACAGGUGUUCGCGGCUCCGUUGGUUGAAGGACCGAUAUCGGCGGAUUAGCUGGAGCAGCAGCAUUGCCGAAUUCCUGUUGCAAUUCGGUUCGCAACUGCCGUAUUUGUCGUUGCAAUUCCUCCCGCACAAAAGUAAACAUAUCGCCUCCUGUGGUGACGAUGUUAACAGGUUGAGGAGCUGUUGGCGGGACAUUUGCUCGGAACUCUUGUUGCACAUUCCUGGCGGUGAUACUGCUGUAGUCAGGCGAUGUAAUCGUGCUAUUUGAAAUGGCCGAUUCAUUAUGAAAGCCAGAACGUUCAUGGGCCAUUGUCAUAAAUUGCUGGACUGCUGGCGUAACGGACGACGUGGUAGUGGUUGUAGUAGCACUGGUACUGGCGAUAGUAUACGUCGGGUGCGAAGUGGAAACUACAGUUAAUACCGUGGUCCUAUUAACGUUCUCCAUAUUGGGAGUGUUUCUAUUGUCAGCUUGCGAACGACUUCUAGCUGAGCGAGUUAAAACCAUUCCUAGCAGACAGUACGCGGAAUGACCAAAUGAUACAAUCACAACUCACACCAAAUGAUAAAACGACAAAAUUGAUGAUCUGUAUAAUAGACCGCUAGUAAAAAAAUAACUAUUUACCUCUAUGAUAAAUAUUAAGCAACAACUUUAAAAGAAAUUCCUCUUUUCCAAAGGAAACAAAAAAAUCAAUUCUAAAGAAAGGAAGUAAAGAUUCAAAAACUAAAUCCAAAACGUUCGUAACGACAAAGCUAAAACGUUCCACAAAAAAACUCAAAAUCCAAAUCCAAAAGAACCAAAGAUAAAUCUUGAAAUCUCAAAUUAAAUAAAAUCUUACUAUCGGCGGUGUAUUUCAGGAAAGUAAAGUUUGCAGGAGAUGCAGACAUUAAAUGAAAUUUAAAUGGGCAGAAAAAAACAUGGCAUUAGUUUCCAACAGCUCCAGAUUAGAGUGCAGCUAGAAUUUUGGUUGGCUAUCCUACAACUCCUAGGACUACUCUAAUCCCUUUACUGAGGACCAAAACAUACGUUUUUUUUUUUCACACAAAUACCAUUAGGAUUAUUGUUGAAAAGGGGGCUGGCCUUAGCUAUUCUUUCUUCACCACUUGAGCAUUCUCAGGUUUGCUAUGGAAAGCUAUUCUGAGAGCCUCAAAUUGUUUGGAAAGGAUAGGCUGAAGAAUCUAUAAUUCUGCAUGACCAUAUUGUUCACACCACACGUCGCAACGCGAACUAGACUAAAAUUGUCCUGUUGUCCGGGACUUACGUAAGUGUGUACAAUAUUGACCAUGCACAAUUAUAGCUUCCCAUCUAUUGAAAUGGAGAAAAGUAAAAACUAAAUUUACUAUUUCGUCCGACGACGUCGCAACAAUUAGGGACUCUAGGUAUGACCUAACAGGACUUACGUUGUCAUGACUAAAUAGGAUAAUAGAUAAACUAAUAAAAGAUCAGGCUAUGGACCUAUUCGGGCCCCACGUUGGGCGCCAUUUAUGUAGUGUAGUGGUUGUAUAUGUUUGGUAUGGUAUAACCAUACCAAAACAAAAUAAAAGAAACUAGUGUUGCCAGAGUGGUAGCGGCGCUGGUAUGCUCGCGUUCGCCGGGCUUGGAGCUCGCCGGAUGGGGGUGGUUCUUGCUACCACUCUAGACACCUACACACACACAUAAAAAUCAUACCAGCUAAAAGAAAUAAACGAAAUAAAUAUAAAUGGGCACCGAGUAGGUUUCUGUCUGUCUCCCUGCUGAAACGUACCUACGACCUAUAACGGCUGGCAGAUGUUGUGCCAGUAUAAACCCUCCCACUCGGGAGUGGAUAACCCCGCCAUGACAUCCUAAUAUUAGGGAUGUCCCAAAAUUUUAUCCUGCAAACAUUCACCUUCCCUACUUACCGCCGCUUAUGUUAUUUAACCGAUCAUUUUAUUCUUUUGGCAUCGAGAAACCUCGGUUACCAAUAUGGCUUCAACAAAUUUUCAGCAAUUUGUUUGCCUACAUAAAAUUUUUUCUAAAGCUAUUUGUUUUUGUUUUUAUUCCUCUUCUUCUUUCUCACAAAAAAAAACAAAAAAAAAAAAAUCCCUUUUUCAUUGUGUUGCCACCUGUUUAAGUUUCUUCUUCUUCUAUUCAGUAGCUCUACUACAGGGUGCACACGACAAAGAAACAAUUUAAAAAUCUCUACGAACUAGCGAAAUAUGCAGAUUAUUUGCACUCAUGAAAUCUUGUGUUAAUUAAGAUAAUUACUAUCAUAGUAGGAAAAUAUUAUUACUACUAUGGAUAUUAUUGAAUAUAGUCCCUCGCUCGACAUGUUAUUCUUAUUUUUUAUUUAAAUCGCCCUCCGUAUUAUCCCGUGCGGAAUUUUUUCUAUACUGUCGACUUUUCAAACUUUUUUUUCGACUUUUUUUUACUUUUCGACAUUUUCCGACAAAAAAUUAAUUGUUCAUUUGUUUGAAAGUCGAUUUAUAUAGAUUUCAAUUUGAAUUGAAUUUUUACAAAUUUUAAUAAACUAUUACUUAACCCUAUUACAAUACUUUUUGCAAACAUAUUGGCACCUCUAGAGUUAAUUCCCCCUAUUUAAUUUACUAAUGAUUACUUUUGAAUCGAUUAUUUUUGUUUUGAUUAGGGGGGUAGUCAUGACGUCAUGAUGGAGCCUUAUCAUUUUGUUUAUAAAAUUUAUUAUUGACUAAAUAAAAUUGUAAAAUAACUAAAAAAAUUGGCUUAAUAGUAAAUUUUAUUAAAAUAUAAUCACGACACAUUUCAAUGAAAUAAGAUUAAUUUAUUAUUAAUAAAUAAAUAAAAAAAGUCUAGAUAAGAAAAUGUUCAGUUUAAAUGUUCGUUGUGUGCAAAACAGUGCUAAACUAGACAAGAUAUUGUUGUUUACACUGGGAAAAUUACGUAAUUAUGUUAGUCUAACAGCUGCUCAGCAAAGUAUCAACAUCACCACCGCCAGCACAAAUAUAAAUAAUACGAAAAGCAAUAACAGCAAACGAGGAGCAAUACUGGCAGUAAAACAAUUGGCACGUUAUUCUUCAGCUGAUAGUAAAAUGAAGCAUUUUAAGGAGUUUCAUUUGAUGGAUUACGAUAUCAUAGGUUUCGAUUUGGAUGGCACUUUAUUAAGAUAUGAUUUGAAUAACAUGGUGCCUUUGGAACAUAAAUUGUUAAAGGAAUUUUUGGUGAAAGAAAAGAACUAUCCCAAAGAACUGCUGGAGCAGAAGUUUGAUAGCCAAUUUAUACAAAAAGGUUUGAUUAUUGAUAGUGAUCGUGGCAAUAUUUUAAAAUUAAGCUCUGAUGGCACGAUUUUGAAAGCGGCACAUGGCACAAGAUUUAUGGAUGAUAAGGAUAUUAGUCAAGUUUAUGGCGAGGCCAGAAAAUGGGAUGUAGCUCAGCAGUAUAUAAAAGAUCCUUUAUCCGCUUGGAAUGGCCCUCUAGCAGAUAAGUUAAGAACUCUAUUGGAUUAUUUUGAUAUAGCCUCUUCCUUGGUGUUUGCUCAGACGGUGGAUGUUUUAGAUAGGACGGCCGCUAAUAACAAAUUGACGAAAAAUGAUUAUAAAAUCUGGCCGGAUAUGUUGGCUGGUUUGAUACAGAUCUAUAGUCGUGAACAUUUUGCCUCGGGAGCAAGUGCUUAUUUUGAGGCCUUAAAGGGGAAUCCGGAAAAGUAUUUAUUAAAAACUGAUAGGAAAGUUAUUGAGCUAUUAAAACAACUUAAAGCCUCGGGUAAAGCUUUAUAUCUGCUCACGGGUUCUAAUAUAGAUUUUGCCAACUUCACUGCCUCUUAUGCUUUGGGUCCUCAGUGGCGUGAUCUUUUCGAUUGUACCAUAGGUUUUGCCAAAAAACCAGGAUUUUUCUUUGCCCAAAGACCCUUUUUACAGAUUGCUAAUUUAAAUGAACUGGAAGGCAGUGAAUUGACUUUAACGGAACACCUAAAACCUAAUACUUGCUAUAGCCAGGGCAAUUGGCAGCAAUUAAAAGAAUCUCUAUGUAAGCAAGUAUUACACAAAGAUCCCCAAGAAAUUAGAUCUCUGUAUGUGGGUGAUAAUCUUAUACAAGAUGUUUAUACACCCAAAGCCGAGGCCUCCAUAGACACCUUAGCCUUGAGUGAAGAACUAUUAGAAUAUGAUCAUAACUAUGAAUUUAAAACAAUAGUACAAUCUCCUCUCUGGGGUUCUUACUUCUGUGUUAAUGCCACGCCUACUUUAUGGUCCAGCAUUAUAGCAAAAUAUUCUCAAUUGUGUGUAUCACACAUGGAUGUAAUGACCGAAGUUCCGAUAGAAGAAAAAAUACAUUGUGCUAAUAAGGAGGGUUAUUUUCCCCAACAACCUGAGGGACUUUUAGAAAAUUAAAAUUACAUUUAAAGAUUUUAUGUUAAAUUAAUAUAUUUUUUACCAACUUAUGCUUAAUAUUAAAAUACAAUAUUGACUGUGUUGAACGUACAAAGAUGCUAACUAUAUAGAUUUUUAUUAAAUAUGUAGUCUAUUAUGUUUAUAAAAUAACGUAUUUUAAAUAUAAAUGUUAAUUUCCCUUUAGUUUGACUUCUUUUAAGUAAAAAGAACUUUUUUAAUUUUUAACAAAUUUUUUAUCAAAAAUAUUAAUCAGUUAUUUAAAGUAGUCGCUUUUUUAAAUACCUAAACGAAUUUUAAUGCUGUUUUAUUUCUUUCAAAUAUGCAAAUAUAUGCAUUCAAUUGUUAAAACGAAA